UAUUUGUAAGGAUUUCCAUAGACAAAUUUUAGAACCAUAAACCAAUUUGGCAACACUGAAAUCAUAUGACAGUCUGCCAUUGUAAAUCAAGAAAAUGGCUGGGAAAAAGGUCCUGUUUCUAUUUUCCCUAGUUUUAGCCGUAAUCGGUACUAAUGCCGUCGGUGAACUCAGGAUCCUUCACUCCCCUGACUCCCUGAAGUUCCAGGGAUCCAGCGGAACCCAAGAAAGUGUCCUGAAAGAUAUAUUUUCAGCUUCCCUGGGCCUCUCCGUCGAAGAGGACUCGGAAUGGAAUGGACUUUCCAUUGUAGAUCCCUUCAAAACCCCAGAAGCUGUGGUUGAAGUCUACAUUGAUGGCAUCUCUAGUCUUGGAAAUGUUGAAAACAGCAAAGUCAAGACCUUCCCGCUGAAGGCUGAUGAGUAUGAGCCGGAGACGUUCCAGAUGCUGAAGCACCGCAUCAACCAGCGCUUCAGCGACGGCAGCAACACCCUGAUCAAUGUCAAACUGUCCGACCCCACUGAGAUCUCUAGCCUAUUCGGCGACAUGGCCAUCCCGAAGGUGUCGAAGCAGUCGCUGCAGCACCUCAAGCAGGACCAGGUGGAAGAGGAUUACAGCUUCCUGCAGGACCUCGCCGUGCUCAAGGCCAUCACUGAGAAGGUGUCAUCCGGCGCGAUCUCUCCGGACAACUCUGUGGACUUCUACAACCUGCGCGUGACGUCACUGCACGCGCUGUCCGACUACCACGGGCCCAGCUCCAUGCAGACCAAGGAGGCCAAGAAACUGCUGGUGAGCGCCCUCGAGGAGCUGAGCCGCGCGUUCGUGCAGGCGUACGACGGCGCCGUGCUGGUGACCGCCGUCACGUCCGACAUCGAGCACACGCGCCGCGCGCGCGCCGUGGCUGCGCCCCGCGAGUUCAAGUUGAACGACGACGACGCGUACUCCGCAGACUACGCCGCCAUCUUCAACAUCAUCCUGUGGUUCGGCGUGGUGUUUGCGUUCUCUCUGAUCGCGAUUGUCUAUGCCCUGAUCGACAUGGACCCGGGCCGCGACUCCAUCAUCUACCGCAUGACCAGCACGCGCAUGAAGAAGGACAACUAGAUGCGCAACCUCUUUGCUCUGUGGAAACCUGGCCGCUUUUUAGAUUUGGGCGUCGGAAGGAGGGCGGAGUUCCUUUUUUAAAAGAGGUAUUUUUGAAUGCUUUGGUGGAAUAAAUGGUUCAAUCGUUAGAUCCAAUGCAAAUUACGUACAAAUAUCCCAUCUAAAAUGUUGUCAGGUUUUAACAAUAUGAGGUAGUAUUUUGUAACAUCUUUACCAUUUAGGGUGGUAUUCAGCAUUUAGAGCUACUUGCUAGACAAGUUUAAAUGUUGUUGAAUCAAAGUGUGAGUGUAAUGUUGGAACUUAAUUAUUAAGUGUAAAUUAGAAAAAUAGUCAAAGUAAAUACAUUUAUAAUUAUGAUGAGGAUUUAUUUAUUUUCGAAUUCUGUACAUAGCAUUCUCACUAUAUAUCUCUUGCUAUCUAACACUUAUAUAUGAACAUCUAUACUUUAAAUAUUUAUUAGAAUUUGAUGUUGUUACCUGAUGUAUUUACCGCGAUUAAACUAGUUGUUAUUUCUAA